ACAUCCCUGCACUCCACAAUAUCUCUGGCAACAAGGUGGAAUCUGUUGCAAUUUCUGGCAGUAUGUUUGUGGUUUUGUGCAUUCUGUUAUGCUGUUCCACAGUGGAGUAAUCUGCUGCAGGUGCCUCAGACUUCAGUCUUCCAACCAAGUCAACAAAGGGGGGUUCUAGCCCAGAAUCCUCAAGCUCUUGUGUUCCAGCCGAGUGCUCAGCAGUUUUUACCUCAACAGGCUUUGCAACAGCAAACUUGGUUUUCUCAGGCAUUUCCACCCAAGCAGCCAGUGGUGCAGGCAGAGCCUCUUGACAAGUGUACUGUAGCUGAUUAUGAGCAGAUCCAAUGUGGACAACCUGGUGUCAAUGCUGCUGAGUGUGAAGCUAUAAACUGCUGCUUUAAAGGACAGCAGUGUUACUAUGGGAAAGCAGUGACUGUCCAAUGCAUUCGAGAUGGACAGUUUGUGGUUGUCGUGGCUAGAGAUGUUACGCUACCUCAACUAAGCCUGGAUACGGUCCGUCUGUUGGGUGGCAAUGACCCACCUUGUGCUCCAGUUGGCUCCACACCUUCCUUUGCCAUUUACCAGUUCCCGGUCACUGCUUGUGGCACAAGCAUGGUGGAGGACAAUGGAUAUGUUGUGUAUGAGAACAGAAUGACUUCAUCCUAUGAAGUGGGGAUUGGACCACUUGGUUCCAUCACAAGGGACAGUCAUUUUGAGCUUCUAUUCCAGUGUAGGUAUUCUGGCACUGCUGUUCAAGCUCUCGUUGUGGAGGUCAAUACUGUUCCACCACCUCCACCUGUAGCUGCUCCUGGACCCCUCCGAGUGGAGCUUAGACUGGGGAAUGGACAAUGUGUCACUAAAGGAUGUGCUCAAGAGGAUGCAGCGUACACAUCCUACUACAGUGAUUCAGAUUACCCAGUCACAAAAGUCCUGCGAGAACCUGUGUAUGUUGAGGUGCGCAUUUUGGAGAGGACCGACCCCAAUAUUGUCCUGAUCCUGGGACGUUGCUGGGCAACCUCAACCCCUGAUCCCCUCAGCCGACCUCAGUGGGACCUUUUAGUUAAUGGAUGCCCUUACCAAGAUGACCGUUACCUUACCACUCUGGUUCCUGUGGAUGGUUCCUCUGGUCUCCAGUUCCCAACCCACUACAAGCGCUUCAUUGUGAAGAUGUUCACAUUUGUGGAUCCAGCAUCACUAGCACCUCUGCAGGAGACUGUCUUCAUCCACUGUAGUACAGCAGUAUGCCAUCCCUCUUUCACCGGUUCCUGUGAGCAGAGCUGCAGCAGGCUGAGAAGAGAUGUUCAUAUCAAGACCACCUCUAGUGGGGAAACUGUUUCUAGUGGAGAAGUUAUUCUUGUCAUGUCUUAAAUGGCUGUUAAAAUAAAACCUGAAACAACGAUGCAUAUUAGUCUGGUGUGACUUGACAUACAACUGAAAAAGCCCUGUUUUGCAGUUACUACACCACUGGAUUUAACAUGCUA